AAACGUCCAGACCAUCAGCCCACGCCGCUUCUGCCCCUGAGCACCACCACUUCUCCCUCACUUCUCUUCGUUGCCUGUGUCUCUGCUCGUAUUGCUCGACAGAAUGCAGGCAAACCCCCCUCUGUCUGGCGUCUUUCUGCCACGCCACCUUCGUCGAGUGGCCCCUGUUUUCUUCUCUGCCUUUGUGCUGGUCUUCUACCUCUCCCUCACCGGGACCUUUGGCGAGGUCAAUGGCAGUCUCUCCGGCCCCACCGCGCGGUAUAAGCAGUUUCCCCGGAAGAUCUGGCAAUCGUGGAAGGUCAAUCCUCUGGCUUUCGAGCCGCGAGAUCUCCUUGUUGCUCGAAGCUGGCCGGAGAAGAAUCCCCGCCAUCGGUACGAGGUGCUGACCGAUGAGAAUGACCUCUACUAUGUCGAGACCCAUUAUGGGCCGGAGGGGCUGAACCGACCGGACAUUGUCGAGGUGUACCGCUCGCUGAACGCGCGCAUCAUCAAGGCCGACCUCCUGCGAUACUUGAUUAUGUAUGUCGAUGGGGGAAUCUGGGCGGACAUUGACGUGGAAGCCCUCCGUCCGCUGGACCGAUUUAUUCCCGAGCGAUUUACCGAGGACGAGAUGGAUCUGGUGAUCGGAGUCGAGAUCGACGAGCCCGAGUUCAAUGACCAUGCGAUCUUGGGCCAGAAAUCGCAGUCCUUCUGUCAGUGGACUUUCAUGAGCAAGCCCCGCCACCCGGUAAUGAUGCGGUUGGUGGACAACAUUCUGGCUUGGUUACAUGAACUGUCGGUUCAGCAAGGCAAGCCCAUCGGCGAGCUGGAGCUGGACUUUGACGACGUGAUCAGCGGCACGGGGCCCUCUGCCUUCACCUCCGCCGUGCUGGCAGAGAUGAGCAUCCGACUAGGUCACGAAGUGAGCUGGAACACCUUCCACAGUAUCCCCGAAUCCAAACUUGUGGGGGGGAUUCUGGUGCUGACCGUCGAGGCCUUCGCCGCCGGCCAGGGCCAUUCCGACUCGGGCAAUCACAACGCCCGAACGGCCCUUGUCAAGCAUCAUUACCAUGCCUCCAACUGGCCCUCAAACCAUCCGCGCUUCAGUCAUCCGGUGUACGGGGAGGUGGAGAAGUGCAACUGGAAUAAGGAGUGUGUGCGCGCAUGGGACGAGAACACCGCUGCCUUUGCCGCCCUUCCGCCCGACGAGCAGGAGCGUCAGAUUGCCCUCAAGCAGGCCAACGAUGCGGCGGAGGCAGAAUUGCAACUAAACCUCGGGAUGGACCUGGGGUUGGAUCUGGGAUUGAAUCUCGGUCAAUAACAUCAUGCGAAAAAGGCUUGGGAUGACUUGUGGUGGCGUCUGGGCAUGUUGGCGUUUGUUUAUAAUCGUG